UAUUCUUGGACGGAAAACCUCCAGACCAAACCUUUUUGGUGAUUUGGCGCCAAAAGAAGGGUAAUAUGGACAUUCAAGCUCAAACCCUACCAAUCUAUUAUAUAUCCUUCUUCUUUGUCUGUAUCUCAGUCCCCAUUCCAAUCCAUUUCACCCUCCCUCUCACUCACUUUCUUCGUCUCUCUCUCUCCUUCCCUGUUUCUCUCUGUCUCUCCUCCUCCCACAAUGAGCAGCUCUAGCAACUCCAAUCCCAAUCUUAGUCCUAAUGAACAGAUUUGCUUUUGUGGACAAAGGUCUCCAUUGAGGACCUCCUUCACUGAAGAGAACCCAGGACGGAGGUUUGUAGGUUGCAUAAACUACAAGACAAACUGUAAGUGCAAGUUUUUUGACUGGAUUGAUCCUCCAACUUGCACAAGAGGAAUGGAUUUUGGCAACCAUGUAAUCAAGAUGUUGAGGAAGGUAGAGGCAGAAAAUGCAGCACUGAAGGAUAAAAUGCAGAAAAUAGAAAGGGAAAAUGCAGAUUUGAAGACCUCUAUCUCAGAAAAUGAAAAGGAAAUUGAGUCAUUGAUGAACCUUGUACGAAAGCAAAGUGGAGAGGUGCAACAAUUGUCCAAGCAGAACGAACAAGCAAUCAAGAGAAGUGAGGAUUUGGUGAAUUUGCUGACAUUAUCCCGUCGGCAAGAAUGGCACUUGAAGCUGAUUGUAUUGGCAUUGGCAUUGGCAUUGGCUGUAAUUUGUUUCCCCAUGUUUUCUAAGUAUUAUAAUGUUCCAAGUGACAAAUUUCUAGCAUUGCCAUGA